GUCUCUUAAACCUUUUAGGGGCCGUGGAGAGACUUGAAGCAGAUUAUGUGCACAGGUGUUGCUCCACAGGCCGGCGGGGACUACGCAGGCCAGUUAGACGGUCGGUUUGUUGUUUUACUGAAACAGGAAGAGGACGGAAGAAGCUGCUGCCGUUCGGUGGUAGAUGAUGAGCGAAACAGUUUGCACAAAGACUCAGGAGGAGUACGAGGACGACUUUGAGAAAGAUCUGGACUGGCUGAUCAGUGAGGAAGGCCGGAGCGAGGACCAGGGCUCUGACUAUGAGGACAUAGAGGCAGACACUGACAAAGAACUGGAGGAGGGUGAGAAACGACAGGGAAUGAAAGGAAAGGAGAAUAACUACAAGGAAACAAACCGAGACAACAAAACAGAGCAACUGGAAGAAGAUGAAGAGAGAUGGCCAUCUCCUAUGGAACCACUGGAGUAUGACUCAGACAGGGACAGUCCCAGUAAGUCAUCACCUACAGCCCCACCUCCUCCAGGGAUGGAUGAUCAAACAGACGAGGAGAAGAAGUAUAUCCUCGAGAAGAUCCAGCAGGCUAACCGGGAGCUGCAGGAUCAGGAAGUGCCAGAUAUGACACGACGCAGGCGGUUGCAUUUUAAAGAGACAUUGGUGGACCUGGUGGUGCCUCCACUGCAGUUUGAGAGAGAUGGCAGCAGCGAUGAAGUAGAGGGGAAAAAUGGGAGCAAGGAAAGAGCUGAGGAUGCACCGGCAGAUACUGAAGUGUCAGGAAAGCUGUCCGAGCUAAAGAUUUCACCUCGCAAUGAAAGCAGGAGUUCUGAAGGAGGUUCUGGCAGGGCUGGGGAGAGCAGCGAGGGAGGCCAGGGGAUGAAGGAGGGCAGAGUCCUUGUGGAGAAGGACGGGAAGUUUGACCUGGUCAGCCUAAAAGAGGUGGAGAGUCUAGCCCUUUUCCCUCCUUUAGCGAACAACGUCAGUGACAGUUCACGCUCCUCGCCUCGUGUUCAGGAGCAAAAUGUAAACUCUGUUAAGAUCCACAGUUCCUCCUCUUCUCCUCGCCUUCGGGCUGCCUCCUCCUCGUUUCCACAGGCAAUAGAUCACCUUCGGGCCCCCAGACCUCCAGCACAACCAAAGAGCAGGCCUAGCUCAGCCAGCCAGAGUCAGAGAGGCAGCCAGAGGAAAAGCAGCAAGAGGCGGGUGCAGUCUGCCACGGAGACACCCAGCCAGGCCACGUACACCCUGACCCCACAGCAGAAAGAGCAGCUGCAGAAGAUCCAGGAGAGGAAGCAGAGGCUGGCCAGAGAGGCAGAACAGAGGAAGCGUGAGGAAGAAGAGCUGAAGAGGCAGGAGAACGAGCUGGCCUUCAAAGCCUGGCUGAUGAGGAAGAAAGAGCAGCUUCAGGAGGAGAGAAGGAUCCACAGAGCCCAGGAAAUCGAGAGAAUGAAUUGUCAAGUAUGGCCACACGGGGGCACAAGAGACUCCAACCCGGACCCGGAGGAGGCCUUCAGGUCAUGGCUUCAGAGGAAGCAGGAGCAGCAGCAGAAGGAGAGGCAGCUGGUGGAGUUCAAGAGGCUGGAGGAGGACAGUGGGUACCUGUUACACAGCCGUGAGGAGUGCGACGAGGCUUUCAAACUGUGGCUGAAGCGAAAGCGGACGGAGAAGCGAGCGGAGCAGCAGGCGGCCCGAGAGCACUCCCGCAGGCUGGUGUUAGAGGAGCGGCGUGCGCGGCGCAUGAGGGACUUGAUGUGCACCGCCGGUGAAAGCAAACCGUUCAGAGUCACUGAACAGCUGGCCUACCGCUUCUGAGCCGAACCAACCCGGCACACCGACCAAAGCCACAUGUUACCUCUAAUCAGGGUCCCCACAAACUCAAACUAAGGACUCGGGCUCGUUACAGAGAGCAGGUAUAAACUCCCAAGUUUGUUAAACACGAGAUGACGGAAAUCCAGGUUAUUUGUUCCAGAAAGAGGGUUAACUUAAACUCUGACUCCCCCCGACACACUGUUUCAUUUCCUCAUUGACAGGGUUAAUAUCAAAGUGUGUAGCAGAAUGCAUUAAUAUGCACAUGAAAUCCCAGGCAGAUGUUAGUUCAGUGGUGCAUUUAACACGAGUGCUUUUAGAAUCAACCAGCCUUGGAUCGUGGAUGCGAUCAGCACACACUGUAGAUUUAUUAACAACUCAAAAUCUGUUGGCUACAUGUUUGUAACAUGCUGACUCUGUGGUCAGUAAGGCGGCUGCCUGCUAAAUAUUUAAAUGACACUUUUCUGUCCACCUGUUUUCUUUUUUUACGAUAAAUAUGACUCAGUCCACUGGAUGGGUGCGUGGGUGGAUGGAUGGAUGGGUGCGUGGGUGGAUGGA